AUGCUGCGACUCGUGCUGGUCACACGCAGAUCUGCCGCUGCUGCUGCGCCGUCGGCGCUGCGCCGCUGCUGUACGGUGACGCCGUCUCCGGCGUCACACCCGGCGUCAGCCCCAGAGACCCCCACGGCGAGCGCACCGCAGCCGCAGCGGCAGGAAACUGUUUUGCAGCCCCCCUCGCUGCCGCUGUUUCAGCUGCUGGCGUCGGUGGUGGGGGAACUGCAGAAGAAUCACUCACUCGCGGCCGUGCGAGCCAACGAGGCGGCAGCGCAACCUGCGGUUCUCGCAGCAGCGGCGGCGGCCAAGGAUGGGGGCGGGGCGGCUGGUGAGUCGCCGUCGCCGCUCAAGCUGCCCCCUGCACACUUCAUUCGUGCCCUGAGCACGUACCUUCGCCGUGAAGAGGAAAUGACGUUACUUAGCCGCUCCAAAGUGGUUGCUGUGCGGCGGCAGUACCUGAGGAUGCGUGCGAGGCAACCCCGUCUCUCUCCUCUCCAGCGAGACGUCCUGCUGCACGAGGCGGCACGUAUCGUGGAGCAGAGGGAGGUUCCACUCACCGUGGCUGCGCGUCUGCUGCGACCGCGAUGGCCAAAUUAUUUUAUGGACGUUGCGGGUGGGCGCCACCACGCGUUUCUGGCGCAAAGUCUGCGUGCGUGGGCAGUGGCGUUGAUGCAGGAGGGCGCGUUAACGCCGGUGGAGGCCCGGACUUUUGUCAUGCGCUGCCCCCGUCUGUUUGUGGGCCAGAUCGCGCUCAUGGGCUCUGUCGUGGAGUGUGCCCUGCUCGACCUCAAGACCAUCGACGACCCAGAGCCGCUGAUACAACUCAUGUGGUCCGUGAACUCAGCCAAGACGCACGCCCCGCACAAUUUCUGGCGCCGCACCGUCGACAAGCUGGCGAUGCUAAAUCGCUCGCUGCGGGACCAAGUCGGCAGCGCCAUUCGCGUGGGAAAAGGCAAUGGCGCGAGGGUGGAGGGGGCGAAAUCCACCGCGGCCCCGCUCGUGGUGGCGGGUCACGUCUUUUCUGGGCUGACCACCCGACAACUGUUUCGCGUGCUUCGCGUGCUGCGGCGGGAGCGGUGGUGCGGCGAUGUUCCCGCCAUCGUUGACUUUGCGGACAAAGCGCUUAAAAACAUCGUCUUUGAGGUGGAGGCAACCCGCGUCAUCGAGGAGAAGCCGCGCGAGGCCCCACUUUCACGCUGGGAGGUGGCGCAGCGCGUGAAGCAGGCGGCGGACUUGGCGCCGGCGGAGCUGCUCUCCCUGCUAAACAUCGCGGGUGAGCUGGGGGUGGACUUCCACGUCUCGCUGGCGCGGCUGUCGGAGGAUCUGCUCUCCCCCAUGGUGCGGUACCUGGACAGGGAGCAGCUGCUGCUCCUCACCACCUGCGUGCGGCAGACCCGCUGCGACUCGGCACAGCUCGUGCAGACCAUUGUGGACUCGAUUGUGCGGCGCGGGGUCACGUACCCCAGCUCGCUCGCCCUGAGCAAGGCCGCCUUGCGCACAAUCCUGCAGAAGCCCGAGCUGCUCGCACGCCUGACACUUGCCCCGUUUGUGGAUCACAUCUUUCAGCUCUGUGACGCAUUCAAGUGGCACCUGCGUGCGUCGCAGAUCCUGUCGUGGGUGGAGAUGCUGUACGCCCUCUCGCGCCUGUACGCGCCUUCGUCCUCCGUGGGCGUGCGGGUGCGGACGACGGUGGAGUCGUUUGCGGAUCCGCUAAUCGCCAUGCUGGCGCUGGGGGUGGUGCCCACCUCCAUCGUCUCCCGCGUGCUGGAGCACACGGUCAUACUCGGCAUGCGGAAGCAGCCGCAGUACCCUCGCACCGCCAGGCUCUGGGAGGACCGUAACGCAUUUGUGAACGGGCGUAACGCGGAGGCGGGGCUGCGAGGCGAGGACGGCGAGGACGGCGAGGAGGAUGCGACACCGGGCGGCAGCGACCGCGAGCCGUUCCCCAGGGGCGAGGUCACGAAGUCUGUGCGGCAGGUGUACGACGACCUCAUCUCCGUCUACGAGCGACAGACCACUAUGCGCAUGCCUCUCUCGCAAAGGGAGGAGGAGCGGAUCCGCGACACCUUUCAGCGGCUCGGCCUCUACAGUAUCUUUAUGGGGGCCAACGUCAUGCAGAGGCUGCACCUGCGAGGCGCCGCAGCAGCGAGCGGUGCGGCGACGGCGCCUCACGGUGCACCACCUGCGCAGCCCUUCUCCGCGUGGCUGGAGCGAGAGGUUGCCGCCAUCAUCGACGCACGCAUUCGGAGUGCGAAGCUAACGUCGGAGUCCACCGACGCCGAUGUGCUUCGCGUCUUGGGACACCGCCACUGCGACGCCGAGAUGGUGCGUCGCUUUCAGGAACUCGUGCUGAACGCUCCGCUCCAGUUGGCGCGUCAACAGCGUAGUCUGUGGGAGUACACCGCCGAGCUGGCGCGAAGGUUCGGCGGGGCGCAAGAGCAGUCCCUGUCGCAGGAAAUGCUCAGCAAGGGCCUCUAG